CUUUACAUUUCCUCCUGGUAACUUGUUUUGGUCCUUCUUUCACCGAUAGAUUCACCAGUAGAUUACUACUAAGCUAUCUGAAUCGUAUCUCAAAGUCAAGUGCUAACUUGGAAAUAGUUAGUUGUUUUUUUCUUCUUCAUUGUUUCACGUGGCAUCAAAAGUGUGAGCUCUCAAACCAACAACUUUGUCCAAGGAUUUGGAGUUGAAAAAGCAGACUACUGAAGAAGCUUAGAAAAGAAGGCAGAAAAUGACCUGAAUUCUCAGAAGUGAAAGAUUAAGCUAAAUGUGUCCGUAUCACUCCCAUUUCACCUGGGUCCACGCUUCAGUUUCCAAUGCCAGAUGGAUUCCUAUAAUUUCCACUUUGAGAGAAUGAGCAACCUGGACCUGCACCCUCUGAGCCUACCAUUGAGUCGGCUCUCCCCAGCCAAGUCCACUAGCAGCAUCGACCAGAUCACCCACCAGCACGGCAAGGGCGACUCGGCCUACAGCUCCUUCUCUGGAGGCUCCAGUGCCCCAGAAUAUCCGUCCCCCCUCCUUUCAGACGACCUCCAGCACCACAGCCUGCACUACACAGACCUGAAGUAUGUGAAGGCCAUCUACCACCCCAACGUCCUCGACUCUGACGCCAAGAGCAUGGAUCAGCUCUACCGCUCGGUGGAGGCCAUCUCAAAUCAGUACCGCCACAACGAUGGCUGCCUGAGUGCUUCACAGUACUGUGAUCAGAAUCAGGAAACGCUACCGCCCCCUCCUCCCCUGCCACCUCCACCCCCCGCCCGCAUGGACAGCUUCAUAGCCACCAGGAACUUGGAGAACUGUAGGGCACAGCACGGCCCCGAGGGCCAGCUGGCAGACAGGCCACCUCCACGGCCCCAGACAAAUAAUUCUGUUGCUGCCUGUCUCAAGCCUGAUCUAGUCUAUGGCCACCGGGCCUCACAGCCCUAUCACAGGGACCCAGUCGACCCUGACCACACAGUUAAUAACACUGAGCAACAAAAGUCAGCAAACAUCUUAAGUGUAUCACCCCCUCACACAAGUCAGCCUGAGCAGCCCAAACAGCAGUCCGGUAGCGGCGAUGGCGGGCACUUGGAGGGUCAGCGCCAGAGGGCGCACUUGGCCCAUGGCUCCCUCAUGCCGGAGCAGCAGCGGUCCGCCAGCCCCUGGCAUGUGGCACAGAACAUGGUCAACAGCAGCAUCCAGCACAAGGGCCAGUUCUACUUCGUUACAGGUGUUUGUAAGUCCAGUCUGAAGCAUGGCUCUCUGUGUGUGCCAGAGGUGGGCAGUGAGAGCCCUGUGCCAGCGCCAGUAGAGACCCACAGGCUGGUGGAGAUGGAGAGUUCACACAACAUCAUGGACAACAUGUUCAGGAACACCCAACAGAUGCAGCACAGCACCCAUGACACUGCAACAACCAAUGACAGGGAGUUUUACACCAAGAGUCAAGAUAAGGAGAAGCUGAUUCAGAGUAGAAUUUCAUACGGCCCCUCUCACAUUUCAAACCAGGACUCGCGCAGUUUCGAUGCCUUAGAGCAAAGUCAGAAGAUCCAGAGCAGAGUUAUCGGCAGGCAUCACAGCCCCAACCACCACAUCUUCUACUGCGGCCCAGAGGAGAACUGUCCUCCAUUAUCAAACUUCCACAACCUGGUAGUCCCUCCUCCAAUCAGCAUGGAGCAGGCCAAUCACCACAAGAGAUACAAACAGGUCAAGAGAGGGAGGAGGCAGCUAUUAGGAGAUGUUGCCAGUGAAAAGAUCAACAAGGAAACCACCCCGCUUCUGUACCACCUCACUGGAGCCAACAGGGUGGCGCUGAGUUUGCACAAGCCCGAAAAGGACAUUGAGGUCAGUGUGAAAAGUAAAGAUGCAGGCCGGAACACCACCCCCAUUAGCUGUAGUGAUACGACACCACGGGGUGAAACAUCCAAGGAAGAGAGAGUGGAGGCUACCUCCCACCCCUGCAACACCCUGGAUGACGCCUUCACGAAGUACUACAAGGAGAAACUGAAGGACGCCCAGUCUAAGGUGCUCAGGGAGACCUCCUUUAAGAGGAGGGACCUGCAGCUGUCCUGGCCCCACAGAGUGAGGCAGAGGCCUGAGCUCAGGCCCACAGUACUUCACAUGGUCUCCUCUUCACAGGACUCUGAGACCUCAACAGACACACUCACCCCCUCCCCAACACACUCUGAGGGGACCGAUGAGGAGAACAUAAAGGAAACGGGGAAGGAGGUUGAGAAGGUGAUAGAGAGCGUGGUGGUGAAGGACAGUGAAAAGGAAAACGGGAGACCGGCGAAUGUUGCCCAGCCUCAGGUGCCUCGGAUCAGGGGAAGGAGGCGCCUGACUCCAGAGCAGAAGAAGCUGUGCUACUCAGAGCCAGAGAAUCUGAACCAGCUGGGUGACACACCCUCCCACCACGCAGCCUGCCGUUCCCUGGGCAACGAAAGUGAAGGAGGCCUGCUAGUGCUCUCAAAUGAGGAGGGGGAGCUGGGAGAACAGGGCCUGGUGGCAGCUAGGAGAAAGAUGUUUGAAACCAGAGGCAGGGCCAUGUCUGCCUCCAGCCUCUCCAAGACAUCCCUGAAGCACCUCCAGCACAAGGCCCUGGUGGCCUACAUGGAGCGCAAGACGGGACACAAGGUGGCUGAGUCCCAGCAGCCCAACCCUCAAGCCUCUCAAGUCCCCAGCCAGAGGCACUCCACGGCUGGGAAGCCUUCUGACUGGGAUUCCAGGCCUCAGUCUGGGAAUAAAGAAGGCCCCAAGAAGAAGCUGCACAGGCCCCACUCCGCUGGUCGCAUCCUGGACUCAACCUCCAGCUCGAUAAGGUACUCACAGUUCAGCUCCAGCUCCACCCAGGCCCGAGGUUAUUCCCAACAGGCCAGCUGGAGAGAGUUACCCAGCCACUCUCAGGGGAAGUCUGCCUCUGUGGAAAGUCUUCUGGACCAGCCUGAACCACCUGAGUUCUUCAGAAAUCGUUCCACCUCAACGCCCCACGCAUUUCAGGGUCACAACUACAUGAAUGAUCCCUCACCAGUGAAUACUCUGGACACUUCCAGUGCUCAGACUCAGAGGCCAGUAGAUGAGGAGACGGUGGUAAUGAGGAGAGGCCAGGCCAUGUCGGUCCCUGAGGGUCAGCGGGUCCGGGUGGUGGCCCAGCGGGGAAAGUCCAUGGAGGAGCUGGGUAUGUCCCAGGUCAGCCGCUCUCUGGUCCUCAAUAAGAGCUCUGAGCAGCUGGACCAGCUCUGCAGUAGGCAGAUGGGCCCAGGACCAGGCCAGGAGAAGAGGAUUGUCUCAUUCUUCGGCGAGGGCCAGGAGAAAGCCCAGAGGCAGACCAAGAGGAAGCCCCUCUUCAAGCAGGAAUCUGCACCACAGCUGGGCAGUGAGGAAGACAAAGAGGAGAUGACUAAAAGCACCAGAGAGUCUAGUGAGUCUGUCUCCCCUGCAUGGAGAACCUCGUCUCGGGUCAGGACUCGCUCAGAUGGCUCCCCCAGAUCAUAUGACUUUGGCCCCCUCGUUAAAGAUGAGAUCGAGACCACUGAGCUCUCCUGCGAUGUCCCACUCCCACCGUCCCAUAACGGUCAGGAGUCCAGUGAGAGAGCGGUCAAGUCUACCUCAACUUCUCCCUCCAUACCCACAAAUCCCAGGGGCACUAGAGAGAGCAAGACUGGCUCCAGCAGAGUGAAGACCGCCCGUCCUUUACACCACUCUGUGGUGAGAGAGCAGUCAGUGGACGAGCCCAGUGUGAGUCCCAAGUCCCCUCAGGAAGUCUCCCUGAGCUGUGGAGUCACCACAGACCCCACUCUGUGGAUCAUACCACCUGAACCAGGGAGCAAAGACGAGGGCGAGGACCCAGCACUUUCUGAUAAUCUGGCCGAGGGAGAAACUCCAAAUCUAGCCCCUGCUCCGGCAGCUUGUGAGGCCCUUACAAUGUCCUCCUACACCACACCAGUCCCUGACACUGACACUUCCCAGAGUGGGGAGGGCGAGCAACCAGAGGAAAAAAAGGAAACUAAUGCGGUGGAGGGGGAGACCCCAGCAGGCGAGACAGAGAGCCCAGAAAAGACACCCACCACAGAGGAGUCAAAGUGGGAGGAGCUGGUGGAGGAGGUGGUCACAGCGGACCAAUCGCUGGCUCGGGUGCUGCACCCGUUGACCAAUCGUAAGACGGCGCUGAUGCUAAUGGAGCGUCUACUGUCGGAGGACACUCUGCUGAUGGAGGAGCACUAUAAGAAGAAGCAGGAGCAGAGAGACUCUGCAGACAGCUCUGAAGCGGUGGAUGACCCUGAAGCACGUCCUACAUCUCCUGACGAUGAUCAAAUCCAACCCCAACCAGAGCCACUGAGCAAGGCGGAUGUCACGGAGAAGAAGAGGCUGCUGGUGGUGUGUAUUGAGGAGCGCCUGCGGGCUCUGGAGGAGCCCUGUGGUGCCCUGCAGGUGGAGGUGCAUGAGAAUGGGGUGCGGGGCGAGGCCGUGGAGGCCCUGGUUCGGGAGCGAUGUACGCCCGUGGAGCUUGAGCGCUACGGCCUGUUCAUCGGAGACCUGGAACGCGUGGUCAGCCUGCUGCUGUGUCUGUCCUCUCGGCUGGCCCGUGUGCAGAACGCCCUGAGCACCGUGGACCAGCACACAGACGAAGAGGAGAAGGAUUCUCUGGACAACCGUCACCGUCUGCUGUGCAAGCAGUGGGAGGACGCCAAAGACCUGAAGGACAACCUGGACAGACGGGAGAGGAUGGUGUCUAACUUCCUGUCUCGCUGCCUGACGGCCGAGCAGCUACAGGGCUACCAGCACUUCGUCCAGACCAAGGCCUCGCUCCUCAUCAGGAUGAAGGACCUGGACGAGAGGCAGCGUCUGGGGGAAGAGCAGCUGGAGUCCCUGCUCAACACCCUCCCUCCCUGGGGACCACCAUCAGGACCCCAUCCUAUUCUAUCAUCUCCCCCAGCUGUCCAUCAACUCUCUGGGCUUAUAGAGCCCUGAAUUGCCUCUGCUUCAUCCAUCCUGGGCUGUCACCAGCCAGCAAAAUGACAUGGAUGUCUGUAAAAAAUCAAAAUAAAUAAAAAAGGAGUCCCUCAGACUCCAUCUGUCCAUAUGUAUGUUUGUAUAAGGAAUAUUUGUGUGCCUUUAGAGGGGUGUAGAAGUUAGGACUACAGUGUGGAAUGUUCAGUAUAUCUAUUAUCACUAUAAUUUUAUGUCCUUUUCACCUCCGUCUGUGACUUUGAAAAACAUUAUAAGCUUUAAGAUUGUAUUCUGGCCUGGAAGUAGUCUUGUUGAUCAAUCAUACUGUACUGUAUGUGUCUGUCUGAAGCCUGGUGAGUGAGGAUAGCCUGAUAAGGUUGCUCAAAUACAGUAUAUCUCAGUCAAAGUAGGUGGUAGAUUUAAUCUCCUUAUGUUUUUUGUUUUUUUUACGCGUUUAAAAUGAAGGCACUAUAGAUGAAAACCAAAAAGGUGAAUGAAAAAAAGCACUUUUAUAUGUAACUGCACAUUUCUGUUUUCUUUGGAAAACACUAAAUUCAAAAGCUAAGCCUUACUCCAUCCAAUGUUGUUUUUUCAACGGGUUUAUAUAGGAAGUUUAGGAAGUUGGUGGCACCUUAAUUGGGGAGAACAGGCUCGUGGUAGUGGUUGGAGUGGUUUCCAUGUGUUUGAUGCCAUUCCAUUCGCUCCAUUUCAGCCAUUAUUAUGAGUCGUCUUCCCCUCAGCAGCCUCCACUGGUGGUAUGUAUGACAUUCAACGAUGCCAAUUAUGUACAGGAUAGCCCACUGCAAUUUAGGCUACAGAUGUUAUGUCUUAUUGUUUCAUGCUGACAAAGUUCCACCAAAGAGGUGAACCUUUAAAAAAAGAUAUGAAGCAUUUCCAUUCCAGAUCAUUUAAAAAGAUAUGAAGCAUUUCCAUUGAAGAUCAUUUAAAAAGAUAUGAAGCAUUUCCAUUCCAGAUCAUUUAAAAAGAUAUGAAGCAUUUCCAUUCCAGAUCAUUUAAAAAGAUAUGAAGCACUUCCAUUCCAGAUCAUUUGAAAAGAUAUUAAGCAUUUCCAUUCCAGAUAAUUUAAAAUAAAAUAUCCUUUGUAUCUGACAAACUACGCUGACUUUAAAUUAUGCAAGAAUUAAAUGACCAAGAACUUAACUCUCUUUCCUUUACCUCCCUCCACUAGACUGUUUAUUAGGCUCUCUCACAGUACUCUAGAAGUAGUGAAUCUGUUCUCGCUCUAGUAAUAGUUUCAAUGGAAUCCUUGUGGUGGCCUUCAAUGUCAACAUUCCCCAGGAAAAGCCUUCAUGAGUCAUGCCUAUUUAUUUGUUUUGACUUAUGUGGAAAUGCACAACCACAAAUCUUCAUUUUCGACCUUUUGUUUUGCAUAAUAAUGCAAAAAAAAAAUAUGAAUGCAUAAUAAUGUUUGCUUCGUGUUCUUUGGUCCUUGUGUGAUGUUGAUUUCUGUUUUGCUAUGAUCAAUAAUUGUUUGAAUAUUUGACCAAGUGGAAAGCACAGCGUUGUUAUGAUCCUGUGCUAAAUGAUGAUCCAGCAGAGCUUACUUACAUCACUGCUUCCCUCUGAUUGAUACUGUGUGUGUUCAUUGUGAGGGGAUUAGGAUGAGAGAAACCUUUCCCUGUUUAAGUAACAGUACCGUGUGUUUGCUUUGUGUUCUUUGGUCCUUUGUUUGUUUGCCCAAUCCUAUUAAUUCACAGCUGAAUAUUGUUAUUAUUACUCUCAUACAUGUGCUCAUGUACUAUAUUACUAUAUAACGUUCACCCACGAGUGGAUCUUCUGUUUGAGGACUUCCUCAGGCGUUGAUGGUUGCAGAACUGAAAGAAGAAGAAAAAAUGUCAAUGUACUGUUCUUUGCCAGAAUGGAUUUUUUUUUGCGAAAUAAUUAAGAGAGAACACAAACAAUAUACAUUUCCACAAAAUAUUCUAAUGUACACUGCUCAACUCUCUCACUCUACACAUUUCUCUGGAGAUUUACGGCGAUGUCCAUUUCAGUUUGCUAAACAAAUGUGUGUUUGUUUUGGCCUUUGUAUAGAGGACAGCCACAAAGGUGAAGUGGGAUUCUGCCUCAGAGCCUCAUUGUUUAUAUGGCCUGAAGGAAUUCCUGAGACAUGCGAAAGAUCUGUCCCUGGAAACCGAGGCAGAGCGUCACCAACAGAAAGGACAUUCUUGCUUUCAACAGACCCAUGCUAUUUCCUGCUAUGUAUAUAAACAUAUAUUAUUGUUAGUAACUUAUCAUUUAUUUUUACCCAUUUGUUAAAAAGUGUUAAUAAAUAUCCCACAACAGGACUGAUGUUUUGAAACAGGUAUUGUUUGUUUAGUGGGGGUAGGGUUUUGCAAUCCGGAAAGAGAUCCAUUUAGAAAGGAUAAUCACAAUGAAUGACACGUUUAUUGGUUUUCAAUCAAUCCCAGUCUUGGGAUGACAGUAUGGGCCUUUGUAUUUCCUCUGCCUGUCUUCAUUGUGUCUGACUCACUGUCACCUCCCUGUGUUGUGUUUUGUUUGCCUUGUGGAAAGUUUUCUUAAUUUGUUGCUUGAAAUUGUCAUGACAUUUGUUAUAUUGUGAAUAAAUUAAACAUUCUCCUUCCACCAAACCAUUCGCUAUAUUUGAAUAAAAAUGGCCUAAGGUACAUCUAACUCA